UUAUAAAUGAAAAGUUUAACAGAAAAUGAGAAAAUAUUGAAAGUUAUUAAAACUGUAAAGGAUUUUACAGAAAAUAUGGAUAAGAGGAUAUCGAUACCUGUACUAUUAACAUUUGCAGGGAUUGUUGGAUACAAUUUAUUGAAAACCAAAGGAAAAAUAUAAUAAUCAUAAAAAUAAAAUUAAGAAUUACAAGGAGAGGAGAAAAAAUCAUAAAAUUCAAAUUAUUCUGAAGAAAAUGAUACUAUUGAGAUUGAGGAAAAUAAAUAAUUAGAAAAAUAGUAAUAACAAUUAAAGUAAAGUGAACCUAAAUCGAAGAAAAAGCAAAUAAUAUAAAAAAUAAAUCAAAAAACAAAAAAAUAAUUUUAUACAGAUAAUGAAAUGCCUGCUCCUAAAUUAAUGAUUGAGAAAUAAAUUUCUUAGAAAUAAGAGAAACAUGCAGAUGAUAAAUUAUUUUUCUAAAUCUACUAAAAAAUAAACUAAGAAGAUUCUAAUGAGGACUCUUGA